AUGAAGAAAGAAAACGUAAUAGUAGUUGCAGGAGAUAUUACACAGGAAGCUACAUGUUCUAACAUUGUUAACACAACAGCCGAAGUUUUCAAACGAAUUGACAUCGUUGUCAACAACGCGGGUGUUUUAACUUUUGGAAUGCAAGAAGAAACCCCUUUUGAACAAUUUGAUCGAACAAUGAACACCAACGUUCGAUCUGCUGUAAUGCUUACAAAAUUUUGCAUCCCUCAUCUCCGAAAAAGUAAAGGGUCUGUUGUAAAUGUUUCAUCAAUUGGCGGACUUAAUUCGUUCUCCGGUGUAGGAAACUACUGCAUGUCCAAAGCUGCGUUAGAUAUGUACACAAAAUGUCUUGCGCUAGAACUAGCUGCUGACAAUGUUCGAGUGAAUUCAGUGAAUCCAGGAAUGAUUGACACAGCUAUUUUCGGUAGAGCUGGGAUAUUGGACAAGGAUUAUGCAGCGUUUUUAGAAGAAGGCGCCAAAACACAUCCGUUGGGACGCAUCGGAACAGUGGACGAAUGUGCAGAUUGUAUAUGCUUUCUGGCCAGUUCGAAAGCUAGUUUUAUAACUGGCAAUUUGACAUCUAUGGAUGGCGGAAAAAACUGUUUGUGCCCAUAGUCAAAUCGUGGGUCUUUUUUUGCACGACAAAGCAAAAAACAAACUU